CGGCGGCGGCUAUAGCGCUUGAGGAGGGAGCUACGGGCGGGCGCAGCAAGGACGGCGUCGGAAAACGCUGCGUGGCAGCGCCCCCGCCGCUUGGCUGAAGCGAAGCGGGCGGGCGGUUUGUUUAUUUCCUUCUCCUUCCUUCGACUUCUCCGAAGGAAGACGCGUCGGCGGCCAUGGAGGAGCCGGCCGGCGGGUAGCAGCAGGAGGUCGAGGCGGAAGGAGGGGCCCUCCUGGCGGGCAAGACUUGUUUAGGCCUCCCCUGCGCGACCCCCCCCCCCCCUCUUCAUGGCCUUCAUGAUGAUGAAGAAGAAGAAGUUCAAGUUCCGUGUGGAGCUGGAGCUGGACGAGCUCUCCUCGGUGCCCUUCGUCAACGGGAUCCUCUUCUGCAAAGUGCGGCUCCUCGACGGAGGCAGCUUCCACGGGGAGUCCUCCAGGGAAGUGGUGCAAGCAAACUGUGUUCAUUGGAAGAAGAGGUUCUUAUUUAUGUGUAAAAUGAGUGCAAGUACCACUACAGGGAUUUUGGAUCCCUGCACCUGCAGAGUGUCUGUACGAAAGGAACUAAAAGGUGGGAAGGCCUAUGCAAAGCUGGGUUUUGCAGACCUCAAUCUGGCAGAAUUUGCUGGAUCAGGAAAUACCACUCGUCGCUGUUUACUGGAAGGUUAUGAUACCAAAAACACAAGGCAGGACAAUUCAAUUCUCAAGGUUUUGAUUAGUAUGCAACUGAUGUCUGGGGAUCCAUGUUUUAAAGCACCUCCAUCAACAGGAAUGUCUAUAUCUAUUGCUGGAGAACCAGAAUCUCUGCAUGAAGACAGAAAAGGUGUAAAAAACACAACAUCAUCACAUCUAGCUAUAUCAGAUCUCUCAACCAAGAACCCCUCUAUCCCAGAUGAACUGGGAGCAUGUGGCCAUUCUAGGACUUCCAGCUAUGCAAGUCAACAAUCAAAAGUGUCAGGAUAUAGCACCUGCCACUCAAGGUCAUCCAGUAUCUCUGAUCUCUGCCAUAAAAGAAAUACGUCUGAGGGAAGUACAUCAACUGGGGUAGGCAGUAUUCUAGAACCAUGUGAAGAGGCUGAAUUUAAAAAGAGCGAUAAAGUGGAGGUGUCCAUGAAAGAGGAAGUCCCUGAAAAAAACAACAGGCAUCCAGUGAAACAGGAUUCUGUAGAAUCACAGCUGAAAAGGGUUGAUGCUACCAGAGUUGAUGCGGAUGAUAUUGUGGAAAAAAUACUCCAGAGCCAAGACUUCAGUUUGGACUCAAGUGCAGAAGAGGAAGGGCUCAGAUUAUUUGUAGGUCCUGGAGGGAGUACUUCAUUUGGAAGUCAUCACUUACCUAAUAGAGUUGGAUCAGGAGCAUAUGAACAAGUAGUGAUUAAACGCUAGAACUGUUAUUAAAUGAUAGAACCCUUGGAAUUCCAGCACUUUCUUGCUUUUCUACAUUACUGAAGAUGGGCUCUUCUGAAAUGUCUGUCAGUUUACAUUGACCUGAGUUGUCAGUUUGGGGUCUUCAUACUGAAAUGCCCUCCUCUGUACCUACCUGUGGUGAAUGACAGUUUUCUUCUAAUAAUUUGUCAGACAUUGUGGACCUGUAGAUGGAUUUGUUACAUAUGUAAAUUGAAUCACCUUUAGGGGAGGUAGGACACGUAAUUUAACUGAGAAUAGUAUGUUUACUUUCAUUGUCAGCAUAUGGAAACUCAUGCAGUAGACCAGUUUGGUUUUUGAUCCAGCUUGGUUUUUGUUACGCCCCCAAAUGUAAAAGAUCAAUUUGUCACCAAUUUCAGUAAUUUUAAACACUAUAAUUAUCUUUUAUAGUAGACUUAUCACAGUCAAAACAGAAUCAAUACAAAAUCAUGCAUGCGGCUCCAAGAAAGUUACUGAGCUAACUAUGCUUGGGGGAAUUAAUAAAAAAUAUUGCUAUGUAUUACUGUAAUUUUAAGCUGAGCUGCACGUGAGAAGGACAAGAUGACCACUUUAAGAUGAGUGAGUAGCUCUGAAUGAAGUAAGAUACGUGCAUAUUAUAACUUACUGUUUACAGUAUAGCUUUCAAUGCCAACAUUGUGGCCCCUUAGAAUUAGCUUUAGAAAUUACAAGGUGUAGUGGCUGACAUUUGGACGAUACCAAAAACUAAAAAUCAUCAAUGCUGAGUGAAAACUGCUUUCAUUGGAGGGUUUAUAGUGAAAAGCUUGGUGCAUACAAUAGUAUGCUUACCUCACCGAAUAUCAAGUCGAAUUGUUUAACAUUUGAAAGAGUGCCUUGUCUUGGGAAAUGUUCUGAACUGUCUUUUAUGAAGCUAAGAACGACCAGCAAGCAGUUCAGUAGAACUGCUGUUAGUUUAAGCUAUCCAAAGAAGCACCUUAUUUAGCCAUUUUCAUAACUCUCAUCCAAAAGCUCUCUUCUUGAGGAUUGUCUCCCAUUUCUCUACACAAGUAUACUUUUCAGUUAAAAAUAUUUGCCCCAUUUAUCUUAAAGUAUAUGAUCUAAUGAUUCUUAAAUUCUACACUGCUGAUGUAUAGCCAGUGCAUUAAAUAAGCAUAAUUAAAAUGCAAUACCAGCUAUGUGGAAUCUUCACGUGUGUAAAUGGCUUGCUUUUAGCUGAGUCUUAAUUUGAGUCUCAUUUCUACCCAUUAUAUCACUGAGCUACUCUUAAGAUAGAUUACAAUGGAGCUUUUGCCAAUACAUGUUCCUGGUGAAAUUGUCACUACCAUACAGAAAUAUGUACAAAUGAAAUUGCUGCGCAACAGCUUCAGUUAUAUUUUCUGAUAGCUAAAACAGCUUAUUUAUAUUUGUAAAAGGGAUUUUAUAUUUGGGGGUGAAAAGACUGCAAAUAAUUUAGAGACGUACCAAGCAUUGAUUAAAAUCUGGCUUCAGAUGUCAUCGAAUUUAAUUACUAGAAUUGAUAUGUUUCAGGAAAACUUUGAGUAAGAUUUCCACUAUUUUUAACUGCUCUAAGCAGAACAUUUCAUGUUUAGUGGUUCCCAGGAAUUAGGGUCCUUGAAGAAAUAUGAUGGCUUAAGUAGCAAUUAUUUUUAAUGCUAAAAAAAUAUUUUAUGUAUCAUUAACUCUUUUCCCAUCUGCUUGAAUCAUAGACAUUAACUGUUAAAAUGAGAACUAUUAUUUAUUAUGGUACUAGAAAUAACCUCCAUGAUGCUUUAUACAGUAUUUUAUUUUGUUUGAACUUCUCUUAAUUGAGAGUAAGUAGAAAUUAAUUUUUUUAAGCUGCUACAAAUGUAAUAGGAAAAAUGCACAUUUAUUUUGAACUGUAUACUGAGCUUGCUGUUGAACUUUUUAAAAAGCCACUAAAGUAGUGUGAAUUUAUUGAAUGUUCUAAUUCUGAAAACUGUCAGUCCUGAAUGAUGGUACACCUGAAAAGACGUGGGCAUGAGGAAAAAAUACAGGGGAUAAAACAACUAUUAUUAUAUGAUGUCUUAAUCAGUGCAACAAAUUAGUUACCAAGAUAUUCCAUAAUCUACAUAGAGCUCCUGCAUAUAACUCAAGUGAGGGGUCAGUCCCACUGAAAGUACACUUAUUUUAAUUUUAAGCUUGCCAUAUGAGAAUUUACCUUUUAUGUUCAUCACUGGUGAGUUUUUCUUUAAAUUCCAUGUGCAAAUUCUAUUACUUGUCUGAAUAACUAUCAUGCACUUUUGUCAACUAAACUGUUUCUAUGAAGUGACUCCAGUAGUGUCCUUGAGACCUGGGAAAUGACCUUCAUGUUUAUGUGUGGCAUUAAUUUUGUGUAAAAUGUACAGUGAUAAUGCAAAUCACUUUUUAGUAAAGUCCAUUUUUAAAAAAAACGUAAGUACUGUAUUAGACAUACAAAGUGGUCUUACGAAUUCAAUAAAAGUUUUUGUCUUCAA